UACUUUGUUUUUUUAGAUAACAAUAAAUCAUAUCGAUCAUAAUACUCCUGUUAAUACUCAGAAAAAAAUAAAGGAGGUUUUCAGAACCCCCACAAAUGGUUCUGGAAAAACUCAAAAGCUUCCUUUUGAGCUGAAAGUUCCAAAAAAGGAAUAAAAAUUUUGACAGAACCCUUUAAAUGGUUUUUAAUUUUACCCACGGGUAGAACCCCCAUUCUACAGAACCUUUUUUGGUUUCGCAAAGGAAAAAAUGAUUUCGUAGAAAAAUGCAGAAUCGUCUCGAUUCAGUAUAAAACCCUCAAUGGUUUAGUACAGAACCCAAAUGGUUCUGCAUUUUUCUACGAAAUCAUUUUUUCCUUUGCGAAACCAAAAAAGGUUCUGUAGAAUGGGGGUUCUACCCGUGGGUAAAAUUAAAAACCAUUUAAAAGGUUCUGUCAAAUUUUUUAUUCCUUUUUCGGAACUUUCAGCUCAAAAGGAAGCUUUUGAGUUUUUCCAGAACCAUUUGUGGGGGUUCUGAAAACCUCCUUUAUUUUUUUCUGAGUACAUGUCAAUCAUUAAAAAAAAUGAAAAUAGAUACGUCCAAUCAACAAAAUGAAGAAGCCAAUCUUAAACUGAAUUCAAUUGUCGACAAUCAUGUUGAUGAAAUGAGCCAAAUACAUUCUAAUGAAGCAUAUAAUGCAUCUUUAAUUUCAUUGAGUUCAUCAUCAGUAAAAUUCUAUUUUUCUAUCAGGACUAAUAAUUAAUUUCAUUUUUUCUUUGUUUCAUAUAUACACUUUAGUCGAACGAUAGAUCUUUACUUUUCAAUACUAGAACUUUGUCAGAUAAUGAGAUUUUAGAAGAUCAAAACAUAAGUAAUAUUCAUGAAAACUCAACAUUUUUUGCUAACACUUCAACAUCAAUGACACCACCAGUGUUUGUUUCAAUCGAAACUCAGACAGUACCAAAAUGCACUGUAGAUGCAUUUACACAAAUUACACAUGAUAUUUAUAUUUCUGUAGAAACUCAUACCGUAACAUCAGCUAACAGCACAGAAGAUCUUGUUACAGAUGAAGAUAUUGUUAAAUAUUUAACAAAGAAGAGAUGCAAAGAAUCAUAA